GAGAAGUGAGAAAAAUAACGGAAAAAGAAAAUAAAAGAGAGAAAACGUUGGGGGAGUGGGUAUAAAGCUGUUUUGUGUGACCGUAAAAUAAGCAUUUUCUCCUUCUUCGAUCCCAUCGACUCUCUCUCUGCACCUCUGAAUCUCCGUACAAGAAAAGAAAGCAAGAAAGAGGCCUGUUUUUUGAUAAUUAAUUGGAGUGUGAGUAUUAGGCGUCGAUUCGAUAAUUUGAGAUAUGGGGCAGCAAUCUCUGAUCUAUAGCUUCGUGGCUCGAGGCACUGUGAUUCUUGCCGAGUACACAGAGUUCACCGGAAAUUUCACCAGCAUCGCCUCUCAAUGCCUCCAGAAGCUUCCUGCCUCCAACAACAAGUUCACCUACAAUUGCGAUGGCCACACCUUCAAUUACCUCGUCGAAAACGGCUUCACCUACUGUGUAGUUGCAGCUGAAUCUGCAGGUAGGCAAAUUCCCAUUGCCUAUCUAGAGAGAAUCAAGGAUGAUUUCAACAAAAGAUAUGCUGGUGGAAAAGCUGGGACUGCAACAGCCAAUGGACUGAACAGAGAAUUUGGACCAAAGCUGAAGGAGCACAUGAAGUACUGUGUGGAUCAUCCUGAAGAGAUCAACAAGCUUGCAAAAGUGAAGGCUCAGGUUACUGAGGUCAAGGGUGUUAUGAUGGAAAAUAUUGAGAAGGUUCUUGACCGUGGUGAGAAGAUUGAGCUGUUGGUGGAUAAAACUGAUAAUCUCCGCUCUCAGGCCCAAGAUUUCAAGCAACAAGGAACAAAAAUGAGAAGGAAGAUGUGGUUUCAGAAUAUGAAGAUGAAGUUGAUUGUUGUGGGGAUUGUUGUUGCCUUAGGCCUCGUCAUAUUUUUGUCUGCUUGCGGUGGUUUCAAGUGUGUUUCAGAUUAAGUUGCCUCGGAAUGCCCCUGGAUGGUUUACAUGGUGUCAUGCUGCAUUUUAAGUCUUGGUAAUUCGAUUCAUCUGUUUCGGUUGUUUACCAUGGUAGGCAAUACCCGUCCUCUUUUGCUAUGCAUUUUAGGAUGGGAAGAGGUUUUGUAUUUUGAAUUUGGUUGUAUAGCUAUAUUACUUUUCUCUAGGUACUAGAUAAGUCCCCCCUAUGGCCCUAUAUAUGGUUUAUGUAAUGGAUCCUUAGGUUAAGAUGUAAUGGAAGAGAAUACUUUGGAUGACUGUAAAUCAGCAUCUCACUUUGGAAUUCUCUGAAAAUUUAUCCCCUUUGCUUCUUCAA